AUGCCUUACCUCCCCACCUCCCAGGCUUUCCUGGAGCAGUCAGCUCAGCUUCUAGAGGCAUACCCGGAGACUACCCGGAUAACAACAAAAUACCACUUCCCAACCGAAACGCCCGGCGCCCGCUCCAAACGCGCAAAAUCACAAGCCAAAAAGGCCGCCUCCUCCACCUCCCCCUCAGAACCUCAAACCCCCUCAACACAACCCCAAACCCAAACUACCGCCCCCGUCGCCGCGCUCACCCUCAAAACCUACAAUCCCACCACGGGCAUCGUCCUGCAAUACCAAACUAACAAAAUCGCCGAGGUAACCCGGUUGAUCACGGGAUUGGGCAAGUUAGCCGCUGGCGCAGACGUCGCGAGUCUCGGGUUGUCGGCGGGAGCUGGUCUGGCCGGGGGUGAUGUGGAGAUGGUUGAUGCGCCGGUUGAAGAGGGUGUUGCUGUGCCUGCGGCUGCUGUGAGUGCGGGGCAGGGUGGGAAGAGUCAGGGUCAGGGUCAGGCUGGGAAGGGGAAGAAGAAGGGUGGGAAGGGGAAGCGAUAG